AUGGCCGAAGUCGCAUUCGCAAAAACGUUCCUCACGUCGCUCGACUCGCGCCCCAUCAAGCUCUCCCCAGACCACGUCGAGGAUCCCAAGACGUUUCCCCCUCGACCACCCUACAUCCUCCCCCGCAUGCCCGUCCCCAUGUCCAAGCCAACGCAAACCCGCCUGCCCCCCGGCGCCGAGCCCAGCAUCCCCGUGCACCUCAAAUCCCUCCGCAACCCCCCGCUCGACAUCUCCCUCCCGCCCUUGCCCCUGAGCACCUCCGUCAUCGACCUCAAGGCCGCCGUCCAGGCGCAGACGCGCAUCCCCGUGGACAAGAUGAAGCUCCUGCUGAAUAAGCGGCCCGUUGCCGAUUCAAAGGUGCUCAAGGAGCUGCUUGCUAGCGACAAGGACAGGAGUAUCGAGUUUUCGCUCGAGUCUGAUGCCUUUUGGGCUGAUCUCAGUGGCUUCCUGCAGCAGAGGCUCAAGGCUCAGGCAAAGGCCGAGGAGCUGGCGAGCUUGUUCAGGUCGAGCUGGCAGGCUAGCAGGUCAAGUUAG